GUUCAGUGCCAUGCCUUUUCUGUAUUUCGACUGCCUAUGUGAAGCGCUGCCAGAUUUGUGGGGACAAGGGGAGCACCUACAUCCUUGGCUGCAGAUUGCACUGGCGUAUGAAGCCCGAAGCUGCGCGUGCUCGUUCUGGCUCUGGCUGGUGUGGAGUACCUAUGUCGUGAUCUACUCGCGGCAGAACGCGCAAAAGAACCAGAAACAGCAACGCACGUCGAGUUCCCACAGCAGCGAGGCCGUGGGAGAUGGCCAACCGACUUGCCGCAUUUGCUUUGGCGGGACCGAGAGCGGCCGGCUCAUUUCGCCGUGCCUGUGUUCAGGCAGUAUGCGCUUUGUCCAUCUGGACUGCUUGAACAUGUGGCGGUCUUCAAGCGUCAAUCCCCAGUCUGCGUACAAGUGCGAUCAGUGCAACUUCGAAUACUCCUUCCAGCGUGCUUUGUAUGCAAGCAUUCUCAGAUCUGCGAUUGUUCUGCAUACGAUCACUAUGCUGGUAUUCGUCGGUGCUGUUUGGUUGUGUAGCUAUGUUUGUUACUACAUUGACUGGUUCCAGAAUGGCGACGAGAAUGCUGAGGUUUUCUCCAAAGAUCUCGUGGAGCACUUUGUCAACAUCAGCGGCCUCGAUGAUAUUGACAAGGAGGAGUUUCGUCGACUGGCUGACGGGCUGAACUCAUUCACCGUUGGUGGCAUCAACCUGGCACACAUAAUCAACGGCCUCAUGAUGAUUGGCCUCAGCGGAUGCGUUUCCGCGAGUGUCUUUUUGUUUGGUCGACUCAAUAUGGCGGAUGCUGCGGUUUUCCCCUUGAUGCUGGUGAUUGUCGUCAUGGGCCUCUGUCGAGUAUUUCAUUCUUUCUAUCACUACGUCAAGCACCUCUCCGGCAAGGUGCUCGCAUCUGCCGAGUCCAUGAUCCUCGAAAUCGAGGGCCAAGCGCCUCCUGGUGACUCUUCGCAAAGGACGGUGGCUUGA